GUUGGAACUUGCUGCUGGUAGAGGCAGUGAAGAGUCUCCUAUAUUUAGAGACACUCAGAAAAUGGCUGCUACUCAACCACGGCAGUGUGCUGAGUGAAAUCAUUGUUAUGGCAAUGGAAAACUAGUGAUAUACCACAAAUACCUGUGAAUGAAUGUGCAUACUGCAGUAUUGUACAGAAAAGUGUUACAUAAUUCUGAUAAGACUAAAAUUUUGUGAGUUUGGAUUUUUUUGGCUCUUGGCAUUGUUUUGAUUUUGCUGUGACAAAAUACCACACUGUUCUUUCACACUGUGUGGAGCUACACCACAAUCAUGGAAUGUGAAACAAUAGAAAGUCUUACUUCAAGUUAUGACUCAAUGACCUUGAGUGUAAGUUCUAUGGGCUCUGAUGCAGCAAAUGAAAGGAACCAAGAAGCAGUGGAUGGGGAAAGCCUGUGGAGUUCUGAGCCUACUGUCAAUGGUCACUCUCUUUCCUUGCCUGCUGACCACCACAAUGGCUAUUUGAAAGCUCCCAGCCCAGCCCCCUCCUGUGGGUCCACCAAAAGCCGCAGCCCAGGGCCACACAGGAGUGGCUCCAGAAGGGAGAUCCGCAUGCAUGAGGGGCAUUCACUUCCCUUGGAUGAGUUACGUAUGGCAGCAAUGCACGGCAACCUUCCUGUGGUGAAGGCACUGCUUAAACAAGGUGUGGCAGUGGACCAAGUGUUGAAGGGAGGCUGGACAUGCCUCCUGUUCGCCAGCUCUUCAGGUCGGCCUCAGGUGGUGGAUUAUGUCCUCCAGCAGGGAGCUAAUGCAAACAUGCACAAGGAGCUCUUCACACCCCUGAUGGCCGCCUGUGCGUCCAGCAGGGAGUCUGAGUCUGAUCUUCUUGAGUGUGUGAAUCUGUUGCUGAGCUAUGGGGCCAAGCCAGACAUUGCUGAGCGGCACCGCAUGACGCCACUCAUGUUCGCCAGCAAGGAGGGACGCGUUUCCCUUGUCCAGCGACUUAUUGAUGCAAAAGUUGAUGUCAACAAACAAGACAACAGAGGGUGGAGUGCAUUAAGCUGGGCAGCUACAAGGGGACAUGGGCGUGUGGUCAGGUUGCUGCUGCAGCACUCCGCCGACCCUACCAGGAUGAAUAGCCAUGGACAGCGCCCAGCUGACAUUGCCCUUGCUGCAGGAUUCCCUCAGGUUGCAGACAUCCUGGAACGCUUCUCUGCCCAGUGGCUGAAUGGGAGUGUUGACACCAGUAUCUUGAGUAGUGUUGGAGAAGCUGCCGCCACCUCCGCUGCACCUCCACCAUCAGCGUUGAGCAAGAUGGCAGAGACUUUUGGGGAGCUAGAGAUGGUGUUGACAGGUCUCAAUCUUCCUGACAUGAUCCCUGUCUUCAGACAACAUCAGGUGACCUUUGAAGUCUUUCUUCGGCUGACAGAAAAAGACCUUGAGAACAUGAACAUAACAGCAGUUGGAGUGCGCAAGAGCAUUCUUCAGGCUAUAAAGGAAAUAAACAAGAAAGAGUGGGAGACUUCAAGCCUUCCUAAUGUGGCAUUAAACACACAAAUGACGCUCCCAGAGUGUGCAGCCAUCAUGACCAACAUCGACAAGCACAUCCGCUACAUGCAUGCCACCGUGGGCUACUUGAGGGACCAGCUGCAAGCCAACCCAAAGGUCCUGCAGCUGGGCCAGGAGACUCACACAGUGGCCAGUCUUGCCUCCCAGUGUGGGGAUGCCCUCAAGCACCUCAGAGGCUUCAGUGAGGAGGUCAAAUUCCUAAAAUGCCAUUUGGACAAGAUAUCUGGGGAUGCUGAGCACACCCCAGCAGACCUGAUCGUGGAGCGGGCAGACAGUGGGCGUGUCUGGCAGCGGCGCCUCUUGGCCUCCCUGGCUACUACUACAGCCCUCGCCACUGUGGUCUGGUACUCCCGGCCCAGCUUCUUCGCCAGGCUCUUCAAUCUCUCUGCCCCGCACAACAUGGUUACUCUUGAUAUUUAGUUCUACGUAUGUUUCAAAGGUUCUUGUAGGAAUAAUGCAGUCUGGUAACGUUGUGAUAGAAUAUGGCCUUAAAAUAGUUAUAAGUCAUAAAGUUUAUGAUCUAAAAUGGGUAAUCCAACAUGUGUAAAAAAUUAUGUAUGUUUGGAUAAAAAUGGACAGUAUAGCUGAAGUUAUAUUACUUAACAAUUUAUAUUUAGUUAUAUAGAUUUUUUUGUUUUUGUUUACAAUAGGAAAUGCAAAGUUCUUUAUUUUUAUAUAUCAUUGUCUGCUGAGGGUACAACUGACCUUGUUUGAGGAAGAAGAUGCUGAUCUCCAGGUUUCAGCACUUCACACUUUUCUUCAUCAAGUGGAAGGCAAUAAGUGAUUGCUUAUUUUCUGAGGGCUAGUCAUAUAUUUUCAGUAUGCUCACUGCAGAAGUUCCUUGUUGCAGCAGGCUGUGUGUUCUGUAAAUAUUAAAACUUAGUACUAGGGAGUGUCUUGUAGAAUUCAGUUGUCCAUGCAUAUAUAUAUAUAUAUAUAUAUAUAUAUAUAUAUAUAUAUAUAUAUAUAUAUAUAUAUAUAUAUAUAUAUAUAUAUAUAUAUAUAUAUAUAUAUAUAUAUAUAUAUAUAUAUAUAUAUAUAUAUAUAUAUAUAUAUAUAUAUAUAUAUAUAUAUAUAUACACACACACACACACACACACACACACAAGUAUAUACUUCAUUUAACAUUAUUCUCCCUUAUGGGGUUGAAAGGGUCAUUGUUCAUCUUGGUUUGGAGUGGGACUUUUUCUGCCUCAGGUUGCCUCUCCUGGCAGGCAACUCCAGUUUUUGACUGAGGGCUAAGGUGGAUUGCCUUAUGAUUAGCUAAUGAGCCCCACCUGCCUGGGUUUGUAGCCAGAGUUGUUCCUCUCCUAAGUGGACUACCUGUCAUGGCUGCAAGUCCCACCCACCCGGGUUGGAUUGGUGAAGUGGAAGGGCAUGUCCACAUGUCAGUGGGCCAUGCACACAACACCUCUGGGGCUCCAACCUGCUCCAAGACCCUCCAGAGAUUUGCAGUCCCAGUUAGCAAGGCUGCCAUGAGGAGGCAUUCUGCAGGUCUUGACAAGGAAGAGGCUGUAUACCAGCAGGAAGGACUAAUUAAGCACUCUGCCUUCUUUUUGCUGGAACUAUCUUGUGGCUGCAGCUGAAAGCAAGAGAUGGCAAGCAAUCUACCUCACCACAGCACUAGAUGCAUUCCCUGUUCUGCUGUGGAGGCUUACCCUCAAUAUAUAUAUAUAUAUAUAUAUAUAUAUAUAUAUAUAUAUAUAUAUAUAUAUAUAUAUAUAUAUAUAUAUAUAUAUAUAUAUAUAUAUAUAUAUAUAUAUAUAUAUAUAUAUACACACAGUAAUAAUUGGUGCUGAGUUUGUUUCAAAUGUACAAGACGGUUGUCUUCCCUUCAGCUGUUCUGUACUAUUGCUAGGAAAUUGAAACAAAUUAUAUCUUUGUUACAAAACAAGAUCUAUUCUUUCCAUUGCUGUUACUUAGUAAUUACCAGGUUUGCAAGCUGCUAAAAUAUUUAAAAUUAUGUACACCAAAGAUCAAUAAAAUAAUAACAUCAAUUUAGUGGAGGUGAUAUGAUGCAGACUCUUAAUUUAUAUAUGAAAACACAUUUUUCUUGUUAACAGUACACCAGAUCAGAUAUUACAACUACAAAGUAAAAUGGAAUGGUUUAAAAAUAUAACAAAAGAUGUACUAAAAGGAGUAAAACAUUUCAAUCCAUAGA